AUGGUGCCACAUGCUAUAAACACUAACACAACGGCAACCCCUCCAAUUUCUGUCGCAGGGAGUAUUUCUGAGACGUUAGGGGGGUCUAUUUCGUUGAUAAAAUCUAAUCCUUUUGGCGUAUUAGCAGAUCCACAUACCUUGAAAGGUAAUAGUUACACUUCUGCAGGUGCAGUUGUUAGCCAAGCACUUUAUUCAGUUUCCAGUAAGGUUUUCAGUUAUGAAGCUGCUGGAUCUGAUGUGUUAUUAGAUGCGUAUUUGGAGCUUUGGUCUCAGAACUACAAGAGACCAAAUGCCUUCGGUAUUGUUCCCAUCAUAAACCAUUUAGAAGUUAGAUCAGGCGCUGCAAGUGCCAUUUUGGGUUAUUUUAGUAGAAACGGUACAAGUGGACAGCCUAUCUCAGUUUUGAUGGGUGCAGAUGCCUUAACUUACAUGAAGCCUACUUUGACAGGAAGAUCGGCAGAUAGAUUGCCUUUAUCAUUGAACGUUUCGGCUAUUGAUUAUGAUUUCGCUUCAGAAAGUUUAGUAUCUAAUUAUUCUAAGACAGUCAACGUUGCCAGAUCAUUAGGCUACCCUAUCUUUACACCAGUCGACGCUAGAAACGGUCCAGAGAUUCAGCAUUUAACCGUAUUGAACCACUACUUGGCAUUUCUCACUGGCAGUCCAAGUAUUAACUUAUUUGAUGGUCCAGAGUUUAUCAAGUUGUUUACCAAAUUUGAGAAUCUCUUGUCCGUAGAAGAUUUAGGCAAGCUUUAUGAAGAGCUUUUGGCUAAUUCAAAUACCAGACUGUCAUGUUUGGAGAAAUCGAUUGAAUCAUCUUUUGAGGUUUUGAAUCGCUUGGCUGGAACCUCGUAUUCCUUUUUCGAUUACGUUGGUGACGAAAACCCAGACACUGUGUUUGUUACAUACGGUUCCCACCAGACAACAGAGUUGACAAGUGCUAUUCAAAAGAUGAAUGGUUCCAAAGUAGGUCUUAUCAAGAUUCGUGUUCGUUUACCAUUUCAUCAGGAAUAUUUUGUCAAAGCGAUCCCUGCAACCACUAAGAAACUCGUAAUUUUAGAUGAAUCAAGCAAUCUGUCCUUAAGAGCUGACGUUGCUUCUGCUUUAUUCGUUAACAAUAGAUAUUACAACUAUUCGUUAGAUGAAUUCUCCUAUCCUCUCAAUUUCAACUGGACUCCAAUUACAAUUGCAAAAAUCUUUUCAGAGUAUUUAAAAGGAUUCAAUCCAGAUUCUAUUUUAUCACAGCCUAAGGAGGCUAUUGACUCCCAAAUCAAUGCAAACAGCUCUCCUGAAGGUAAAUUCAUAUUUUGGGGUAAGGAUAAUGGAUUAUUUUUAGAUGUUGCCGAAAGAUUAUCUUUGUCGUUAUCAUUGGAUAAUUCUAAGGUAAUAGGAUUUAGAAACAAAUAUGAUAAUUCUGUUGCUGGUGGAUUACUUCAAUCACAAAUUAUAUCUUCACUUCAAAGUCCUCCAUCUGCUUCUAUUGAUUCUGCAGAUGUCGUCUUUGUCGAGGAUUUACUGAUUACUGAUAAUUAUGAUGUUUUGGCUACCGCAAAACCAGGUGCAGUGAUACUUUAUAUCAAUCAGAAGCCAAUAACUUCCUCAGUUGAAGAAGACAUCGUGCCAAAGAUUCCUGCGGGCUUUAAAAGAGGUUUGGCAGAGAAUCAUAAUAGAUUGAUAGCCAUUGAUUUCUCGGCAUUAAAAGACAUCGAUGAAGCCAAUGACUCAACCAAGGGAUUUUCUGGAAGCUUUUUAAUCCAAUUAGCUUUCUGGAGGGCGUCUUAUCCAGAAUUAGGAAAUUUUAUUGUUAAUAAGUUAUUACAGGCAAAUGGAAAUGACUUUGAAUUAUUAGCAGCUGUUUUGGAUAAAUUCAUUCAACUUGUUGAUGAGAAGAAAGCCUUGAAGGAAAUCAAGGUUCUUCCUGAAUGGGUGGAUAUCGAAGAAGUACCAGAAGUUGAGAAAGAUGAAAAGAAGGAAUCAAGUCAAGAUGAUAUCGAAUCUGAACCUGAAAGUAAAGAAUUACCUUUCUUUCCUACUGAGAAUUCAUUUUUCCCUAAUCCACGCAAUGAAGGAAUUGAACCUGAGGAAACAUUACAAGGCGGAUACAAGGAUUUGGCAACCAAGUUUACUUUCCCUGAAGCUUUUGAAAUUAAGGAGGAAUUAAGGCCAGAACUUCCUGUUGAAAAUUUUAUUGUUAAGGUACAAGAAAAUAAGAGAUUAACUCCAACUGAAUAUUCUAGAAAUAUUUUCCAUAUAGAGUUUGAUAUUACUGGUACCGGAUUGACAUACGAUAUUGGUGAAGCUUUGGGUAUUCACGGCAGAAACAAUUCUGAAGAGGUUGAGAAAUUUUUGAAAUUCUACAAUGUCGAUGGUGACUCACUUAUCGAAGUCUCCCAUAGAGAUGAUGCUUCGAUUCUUGAAAUUAGGUCAGUUAGACAAACAUUGAGUGAAUCAAUUGAUUUCUUGGGUAAGCCACCUAAAAGGUUUUAUGAAUCUUUAGCUGAAUAUGCUUCCGAUGAAGGAGAAAAGAAGCAUUUAGAGAGUUUGGCUAGUGCUGAAGGUGCCGCUGAAUUAAAGAAGAGACAGGAAGUUGACUUUUUAACCUAUGUCGACAUUUUAGAAGAAUUCAAAUCAGCAAGACCAUCAUUUGCGGAUUUGGUCAAGAUUAUCGCGCCAUUGAAGCGAAGAGAAUACUCUAUUGCUUCAUCUCAAAAGCUUCACCCUAAUUCAGUUCAUCUCUUGAUUGUUGUCGUAGAUUGGAUUGAUCCAAAAGGCAAAGUUAGAUAUGGUCAUUGCUCUAAAUAUUUGUCAGAUUUAAAGGUUGGAGAUGAAUUGGUUGUAAGUGUCAAACCCUCGGUAAUGAAGUUGCCUCCUCUCACAACACAACCGAUUGUUAUGUCGGGAUUAGGUACUGGUUUGGCUCCUUUCAAGGCCUUUAUCGAGGAAAAGAUUUGGCAAAAGCAACAAGGCCACGAGAUUGGCGAGAUCUAUCUCUACAUGGGUUCAAGACAUAAAAAAGAAGAAUACUUGUAUGGUGAACUUUGGGAAGCUUAUAAAGAUUCGGGAGUCUUAACUCACAUUGGAGCAGCCUUCUCUAGGGACCAACCAGAGAAGAUUUACAUCCAGGACAGAAUCAGAGAAACUAUCGAAGAGUUAACUGAAGCUAUUGUUACUAAGAACGGGUCCUUCUAUCUUUGCGGUCCAACUUGGCCCGUUCCAGAUAUCACAGCGUGCCUCGAAGAUAUUGUCACCAAUGGCUCUAAGAAACUUGGUCUCGAUGUCAAAGACAUAGCUAGAGCUGUUGAGGAUAUGAAGGAAGCCGGUCGUUAUAUCUUAGAAGUUUAUUAA